UGGAUACCGCCCUCCCAUACGGAAUGAGAAUGGUAAUGAAAAUGGGUCUAAGCUGGAACUUGAGUUUGAAAGGCUGAAAGCAAAUGCUUCCGGCCCGGGUUUCAUUCAAGUAAUUUUUCCAAAACCUUCCGGUCUGAAAUUCACUUUCAGAGUUUAAGAUGUUCCCCCUAGCAGUAGGAGUAUUCAUUCCCGCCCAUUUAUAAAAACCUAUCCCUUGUCUCCCUCUCAUUCCGUUCAUUCAUGGCUUCUCCAUCUGAAGCUACUCUCAUCUCAAAACUCGAAUCCUCCGAUCUCUCCAAAAUACACUCUCUCUUCUCCGAUUACCUCCUUCCGUUCAGAGAUCUUACGAGUCCAAAGAGAAAACCCUCAAAAGCAACCGCCCUUAACCUCACUCGGUCCCUGGCCAAGCAAUUCCUCCCCUUCCUCAAUCGCUGCCUCUCCAUCCUCCCCAAGCGACUUGCGGUUCCUUCUGAUUUGGAGAACAAGCAGUUUGGUUUUGAGCUGUUCGAUGUUUACAAGCUCUGCUUGAAUUGCUUGGAAUCCGUGUCUUCACAGUUGUCUUGCAAGCCCUACGUGGUGUAUUUACAGAGGUUGAGGCUGGUCCACUGCUUGGCGGCGUGGGGGAGGCACGGGGAGGCUGAGAGAGAGGCAUUAUGGGUUCUGGAGAGGCUUAGGGGUGUGGAUUUGGGGGUGAAAGAAUGGGGGAAGUUUUUACCUGGUGCUGUGGAGAAUGGUGAUGGAGAGUUAGCAGCUCUGCUGGUGGAGGUUGUGGCCAUGGUUGUAAAGUGCCUUGCCACUGGGCAGAGCAAGGACGAGAGGGACUAUGGGAAGGUGGUUGAUUUGGUGGAGGAGGUUAGGCCAUGGUUCAGGGUGUUGGAUGCUAAAGAGUAUGAGAAGUUUCAUAGGGUGUUCGUGACCUAUCUUGGUAGAUCCACUCUGUUUUUGUUUGCAGAGCUAAAUCAGUUUAAUGGGCAUGUUGUACAUAAGUUUUUGGUCACAACAUUGACUGAAUAUGCAAAGUCAUCCGCAAAGAACCAAUUUUACAAGUUUUCGCGCCAGCUAUGUUCUUCUCUGUUCUCACUUCAAGAGAAUGAACCCUCACUCACCGCCAAGAUUUUAUUUUGUAUUUUGGACUUUGUUGCCCAUGAAUGCAAGGGUGACGGUGAAGCUUACGAGAUAGAAUUUCUUCAACUUGUUUCUUAUUGUGCCAAUAAAUGCCAAGCUGCACAUGCGGUUUUUUCUCUUGAUCUUGCGGCACAUCUAAAUGACUUAUCUUGCCAUUUUUGUCAGGUUAUGACACCAUCUGAUAUGAUUCUGAGGCUUUAUGUUGUCGGAUUGUCCUUUAUUGAUUAUGAUGCUAACUCUAAAGAUGGUGGUAUCAUGUCCUCCGGAACAAAAGAUGUUCAUGCUGCAAUGGAUAUGCUUGAUGGUGGGGAAGGACAGCAUAACUUGGCAACUUUAAUUCGUUCUUUGCAAAAUUACUUUCAAGUUAGUUGUAAGGAUCAUUGGGAAUCAUCUAGCGUUGGCCAUGAUGAUGGUGCCAGUCAAAGUGGUUCGCAGUUGGUUUCUAAUCAUGGAGCUUCUAUAAUUAGUAGUCCGAAAAGUAGAAAAGCAUAUCUACCAGCUUACUUAAAUGCGUUGAAGUUUCUUUGCCAGCCACUUGCUGAACUAGUGCAUUUUGAGAAAAAGCAGAUAGUUUUGCAAAAUGGAAGCCCCUUUUCAACCAGGCUAUGUGGUGUCCAAGACACAUUUCAUCAGCUUUGUGAAGUUAUUCUAUUUCUGUACAGUGGUAGAUCAGAAAGGAAAGGAGAUGACUUGGAUGAUAACAAGAUAAUCCUUAGUGUAGCUGUGGCCGCUUUGAUACUGUCAAUCAGAACAAAACUGAAUCUCCAGAAGAGUUUACACUUAGUUAAGCACAUCAUUGGCAGCAGAUGGAUUCAACCUCAGGGGCUGAAAUAUUUAUUUGCCUCUCUUUAUAAUGUCGGAGUACUUUUGUUCAGAAAUAACCUAGUGAAGGAGGCUUCAAAGGCAUUGAAAUUGUCUUGUCUAGCAUCAUGGACUUGCGUGACACUUCUUUGCCAGAUGUUUGUAGAUAAAUCCAAUACAUCUAGUGAUGAUGUGAGUGAAGAUGCUAUUGUUGAUUUUGUGGUUGAGGUAUGCACACGAAGUGCUUCUCUUUUGGAUGUUCAGUACCAAUGUGAUAGUCGUAAAGUGAAGAAGACAAUUAUAUACUGUCUUGAGAAUUGGUCUCAUGCUGGAAAGCUGUUUAGAGGGCUACCAAAACCUUUGCCUCUGGUGAAGCAGUGGGUCAAGAUAAGAUGUAGACUUCUUAAGAAUAAGGACAUAGAGGAUAAUGCACCGUCCUUGUAUCAUAUGCUGACAUCUUCUUCGAAAGUGUCCAAAGAGGCCAUUGGAAUUAUUCUGGAGCAGGAACUUCUUGCCUGUGAAGAAUUAAAUGCCAUGUCUCCUCAACUCUGUCUGAGUAUGCAGACAGAAAUCAUGGAUUAUCUCUUGCAAUUUGUUUAUGUCACACGAGAUAGUGUUUUACAGAAAUCAAGAAUUUUACUUAGAAGAGGAAGGGCGUUUAGAGCUUGCGGGAUUGAAGGUUUGAAGUCUUGUAUUCAAUGUCUUUCAGAAGCAAUAUCCAUUAUUAAUGACAUGUAUGUUGAAACAUGUAGCGGGCAAAGUCUUGUUUGUCAUCAAUUAGCGGUGGCAUAUUGCUUGCGUGCACUAUGUACUCAGGAGGCUGAACCCAACUCACAGGAAGUUCUUCAAGAUAUUAGUGCAGCCUUGAAACUAUGGUUGAGCAUUCGUGUUCAGGACUAUGGCUUGACAAAUAAUGUGCCCGGCAUUGUUUCUGAAAAUGUGAUGCUAUUGCUGUAUAAUGUAAUUGAUCUGUUAGGAAUGAAGGGCUCUAUGGAAUUUCACCAUGACAUAUAUAGAUUGAUGAUUAGACUAUUCAAAUGGAAGAAUGUGCCGCUGGAGAAGUACUUGUUCAUACUAUGGGAAAGUAGAAGAUUCAGUCAUGCUCUUUGUGUUUCACCUAUAGAUGAGGCAUUCAUCACGCACUUAUCAGAGCACUGUGGUGAACCUUGCAAGUCCAUUGAUUUUUGGAUGAGAUGUCUAAACAUAUCCCAAACAUCACUGCUUGCGUUCCAACAAAUAUUCUCAUUUUUCUCUACCAAGCCUCUCUGUGGCUCUUACAAACAUGAGAAUUGUUUACAAUCAGAUAUCGUAGCUGGUAUUAAAGAGACUGUCCUUGAACUCACAUCAAGAGUUCCUACAACCAGUAAUUCUCUUUUCCUUGCUGGAUAUCUUUGCUAUGAUUUGUGCGAAAGACUAAUUUCAAAUGGAUGUUUACUUGAGGCUCUUUCAUUUGCAAAAGAAGCCCAUAGGUUGCGCACAAAGCUCUUUCAAGAGAAAUUUAUCUACUCUGUUGAGCAUCAGGUUGGACUAUAUGAUGAAGCUAGGAAUAGACCUCAGAAGUUAACAUAUCUUCUCAGGGAUCUGCAAUUGUUGAAAUCAGUUGCUACUGAAGUUUGGUCUUUUGACACUAUUUCAUGGGACAUGGAACGUUUUUAUCUUAGUCCUUGGAAAAUACUUCAAUGUUAUCUUGAAAGCACUCUUCAGGUUGGAAUUAUCCAAGAAAUCAUUGGAAACAGUGCAGAGGCAGAGACUUUUUUGCUUUGGGGGAAAGAGAUCUCCCGCUCACAAAGUUUGUCACUCUUUGCUGUUUCCUUCUCAUCCAUCUUAGGAAAACUUUAUUGCAAAAAACGGCUUUGGGAUUUGUCUGAAAGGGAACUUCAAAGUGCCAAAAAUAUUCUGGCAGAUGAUAAAGCAGUUUUCUCUUGCCAUAAGUGCAGAUUGCUGCUGGAAGUUGCUGUUGAUCAGCAACUUGGUGAUUUAUCUCGAAAUCAUGUUGAUGAUUCAGCGGGGAAUGAUGGUUCACCGGAGAUGUUAUCCUGUGCUGAAAAUUGGUACAAAUCGGCUUUAGACACAUUAAAUAGGUGCGACUGGAAAAACUCUGUUAGCUGUCCAGAAGAAGCUAGUCCUGAGAUCACAACGGUCAAAGAAGAUUGUAAAAAUGUCGAAUGUGUUGACCAUCCUGCCAAACUUCUGCCAGAUACAAGAAAUACAGUUUCCAAGAAAGAGGGAGCAAAAGCGAAGAUGGAAGCCAAAAAAUGCCGGAAAGCUAAGAAUACAACAAGAUCUUCGCUAAGGGAGCAGGCUUCAAUACCUGAGCAUAAUUUUAGAAUAACACGUUCCAGGUGCCAAUCUUCUCAGAACCAACAGUUAACCAUAUGCGCUGAGAAACAAGUUGAUCUUUCCCAGCAGUCAAAAGGUCAUAGUGGAUCCAAUUUUCCUAGUCUUAUCAAUGAUGAGUCUGAUUUAGGAGUGAAGAGUAGUACGAUUGAUAAAGGAAGUGAAGGAAUGUGCAUUUGCGACAAAUUGAACUGCUGGUUUUGUCUUGCUAAGGAAGUCGUGGCUUCUGGGCUAGUGCCUGACUUCAUACAUAUGAAAUGGGAAUUCAUCCGCAGGCGGUUGUUGCUGAGAGUACUUACUGGCAUAGGAAAAUGUCUGGGAGAUACAGACCAGAUUCAUGAAAAACAUGAGAUUAUUAUGCAAAGUAUAUCAGUCCUGGUCAUUCGAAACCCAUUCUGCAAAACUCACGUUUUUGUUUCUACAAAUUUUUUACUUGAUCUGGUUGGAAAGGAGUUCUGCAGAGAUGUGUUUGCUAUUGAACGUGCAUCAAUUCUUUAUAACUUAUGCUGGCUCUCUUUGAAGAGUUACUUUCAUGGGGAGUCGAGGGAAAAUUGCUGUGGGCUGUCCAACAUCCAGUUACCUAAGGUAGUGUCUUGGUUGAAGCUAGCAUUUGUACUCUGCCGUGAGGUCCCUAUACUUUUCCAAAAGGUUUCUAGAUUGCUUGCUGCUUUAUAUAUAAUUUCUGCCUCAAAUGGGGAUUUUCCUUCAUCAUUCUCUGGCAAAGUGCUCUCUGAAAGUCAUUGGGCUUCAUAUUUUCAUCAAGCUUCACUUGGCACUCAUCUUAAUUAUCAGUUCUCUUCAAUUAUGAGAGAAAGAUUUAAAGCAGAACGCUACGAGGAUACUAAGGACUUACACGUGACUUCCUCUGCUUGCAUAAUAGAAGAAAAGUGGAAAAUACCAAGGUCUGCACCAGAUUCUGUUCAAGAUCUUGAACAAUUUGUGGCAGACUUUUUUGCGAGGCUCCCAAGCACCACGAUUAUAUGCAUAAGUUUACUUGGAGGUGUUUAUGUUAGUCUAUUUCAUGAACUGUUGAAUUAUCCUUCAUGUGUCGGCGCAUGGAUGCUGAUGUCACGGAUGAGAUCAAAGAGUCAACCUAUUGUGAUACUUCUGCCUGUGGAUGCGAUUCUAAAUGAAGAUCUAAAUGAUGCCAAUUCUGGGUCUUUGGAGUUCCCUGGAAGCAAGGAUCCUUCUAAACAUUGGCAUUGUCCCUGGGGUUCUACUGUGGUUGAUGAGGUAGCUCCAACAUUCAAACUGAUAUUGGAGGAGAACUACAAGUCCUCAUCGUCGUUUCCUUUAGAAGAUACAAAGGAGAAUAGGUCAUUAUGGUGGAAGUGGAGAGAGAAACUUGAUUACCAACUCAGUAAUUUUCUGAGGAACUUAGAAGAUUCAUGGUUGGGUCCUUGGAGGUAUAUGCUUCUGGGUGGAUGGUCAAAGCACGGUAUAUUGGACAGGGUACAUAAGAUGCUGAUGCGUGAUUUGAAAACUAAAUGCAAAAUGGAUGUAAAUGAGAGUUUUCUUAACGUUUUUAUUGGAGGGGCAAGGCAUGCAUUCGAAGAAGAAACAAAUGUUGAGUGGUUAUGCUCAAAGAAAGGCUGCUAUGUUGGGAAAGCUGGAUUCUGCAAUGAAGAAAAUAUUGAGAAACUUCCUAACACAUCCAAUGGCAUAAAAAAAUUGACUGAGUUGGCCUUCCAGCUUAUACAAGAAGCGAUUGAUGAACUUGAAGAGGAGGAAAAUGUAAAAAGAGAAUCUAUAAUCCUUGUGCUAGACUCGGAGGUUCAGAUGCUUCCAUGGGAAAAUCUUCCAGUAUUAAGAAAUCAGGAGGUCUAUCGCAUGCCUUCUAUUGGUAGCAUUUUGGUGACACUCGAGAGAAGCCGCUGUCACCUUCAACAGAAAAAUGGGGGGAUUGUUACCACCUUUCCCGUUAUAGAUCCCUUGGAUGCAUUUUAUUUGCUGAAUCCUAGUGGUGAUCUAAGUGGCACACAACUUGAGUUUGAGAAAUGGUUCAGAGACCAUAACUUGAAGGGUAAGGCUGGAUCUGCACCGAUGGCUGAAGAAUUGGCUCUAGCCUUAAAAAGUCAUGACCUUUUUAUAUAUCUUGGGCAUGGAAGUGGGGCACAGUACAUUCCUGCCAACGAAAUUCAGAAACUGGAAAAUUGUGCUGCUACGCUUCUAAUGGGAUGCAGUAGUGGGUGUCUCUUGUUAAACGGAUGCUAUAUUCCUCAAGGUACUCCAAUUUCAUAUCUGCUUGCUGGUUCACCCGUCAUUGUUGCCAACCUAUGGGAAGUGACAGACAAGGAUAUUGACCGGUUUGGAAGGGCCAUGCUUGAUGCUUGGUUAACGGAAAGGUCAGUUGUCGAAUGUGAUUUAGUAGCAAAAGAACUUGAGACCUUGAAUAUAAGGACCCGUAAAGGUAAUGCCAAGAAGAAACUCUCAAAGAAGAAAUUAUCUGAAGCUUGUGAUAAUGGUUCGUGUAAUGAUGCCUGUGACCAUAGACCAAAGGUCGGAUCAUUCAUGAGUCAGGCCCGUGAAGCUUGCACCCUCCCAUUUUUGAUUGGAGCAUCACCUGUCUGUUACGGUGUCCCCACAGGUAUAUGGAGGAAGGAUUUGUAGCUGUAUCUGCUAGAAUUUGGCUUGGAAGUGAUCUGUUCAAAAUUUUCUGGGCCAAAAUAUUAGAAGCUAACAUGCAGCAUGUAUCUUCACCGGCCUUUCCUUAGGGUUUUUCAUCCGUGAAUUGUCAAUUUGUUGUUAGCUUGUGUCUUGUAAUUCAGUAGCAAAAGUGGGGAAAGGAGUCAAUGUAAAACAAUUUUCUUUUUUAUGUUUUGCCCUCCGAAUAUUAUUUCUGUAAGGAUUUGAGAAUACAUCUCAAUAUUGUACACAUUGUAUACGAAAAAUCAAUUUUGAGAAAAAUUAUGUUAUAAUUUACAAGGUUC